AUGGCGAAAACGAAUUCAUUGACAUUGUGGCACCAAUUUCACGCCAAACAUCCAGGCGUGGACUUCGUUUGGGUGAUGUUCACAACAUACAUCGGCACCAAUUUGGUUCGCAUAGUUCCUGUGCCGGAAUUCAAACGACUAUUGGAGGCAGAUCAGGGAAUAUCGAUUCCGAAUAUUAUACUUCAUGUCCUGCCCUACGAUAAUGUGGCAGAAGGUGGAAGCUUGACGGGAUCAUUCGUUCUGAGACCUGAUCCGCAAUCCCUCUCUCCACACUUGGGUGAGAAUAAAGCGAUCGUCAUGGCUUCAUGGAAUGAUAAAGAGAAACUACCCAUGGAACAAUGUGCACGUACCAAGUUGGAUACUUUGACACGCCUAAUUGAGCAGAAAUCGAACUGCUCAAUGCUCGUCGGGUUUGAACUAGAAUUCUGUGUCUUACGAGAACGAACAUUGGGCAACGGUCGGAUCGAAUACGAAACGGCCAAUACCGAUCAUUCAUGGUGUAGCAUGACUCGUGAAGAUGAAAUGCUACUUGGAAUGUUGGAAGAAGCUGCAUUGGCUUUGCAAUCAUUUGGGAUAAUGGUCCAGCAAUUUCAUGCUGAGCUAGGUCCCGGUCAAUGGGAAUUUGUCCUUUCGCCAGAUUCUCCACUCAGAGCUGUCGAUACUCUGGUUCUUGCUAGAAAUGUUGUUAUGAAGAUUGCAGCCAAGCACGGAUAUCGAGCGACUCUUCAUCCCCGAUUAUCAUCUGAUAAACCCGGCACCGGCGCCCAUGUUCACAUAUCGCUCAAUUCUGAAAGAGCAGAUUUGGCGACAGUGGAGUCAUUCUUUGCUGGCAUCCUCGAUCAUUUCACUUCUGUUGCUGCUUUUACUCUUCCUCAAGACAUUAGUUAUGGUCGAGUUGUUGAAGGCAUUGGAAGUGGAGGAGAUUAUGUAUGCUGGGGAUGGGAAAACAGAGAGACCAUAUUGCGGCGUAUCUCUAGCAACCGUUGCGAGAUCAAGAUGAUGGACGGGCUAGCCAAUCCUUAUUUGGGUCUUUGUGCAUUGCUAGCAGCUGGACUGGAUGGAUUAAUCCAAGGGUCGGUGCUAAGUGCUGGUCCUUGUCUCGUCGAACCAAGCAAGAUGUCCGACAAGGAACGAGCUGCCUUGGGUGUCACGACAAAGAUGCCUAGUGAUCUGAAAGAGAGUCUGAAAAGCCUGGAGGGAGAUAAACGCCUUAUUCAAGUAUUGAGUGAUACUAUGGUAUCCACUUAUCUUACCGUGAAGAAAUGCGAGCUUCAAGUCGUGCAUCAAAUGACCUCUGAAGAGCAACGUGUGUGGUUUAUUUCGAGAUAUUGA